AUGGAGGAGAAACAACUUUUCGGUGCUAUAACAGUGUAUCGUGAAAGAGGUGCGUAUUUGAGACGAUUAGAACAAUUCGAAAAGGCCAAAGCAUCCUAUGAUGAGGCUUACAAAAAUGCUCCUGAUGAUGUACGUAUGCUUACUGGCCGUAGUCAGGUAUGUGCUGAUGCUGUUCGACCCGUUCAAGCUUAUGCUGAUGCAGAACUUGCUCUUAAAUUGGAACCAGGAAAUAUGAAUGCCCGAAACAUGCAAGCUCGAGCAAUGUACACAAUGUCAGAUUUCGAACGAUCUGUUGUGAUGAAUUAUAGAGGUGCGAGGUGUAGACGUCAACCACCUUACUUUAUAGAGGGUAUAAAUCAAGGUGUCGAAACAAUUCAAGAUUGUAUCGGAGUUAACGCUGGUAACGUCAUGGUAGAGUUCUUACCUUUAAUAAAACUAAAUGAAGCUACUCGUGUCGAUGAAGACGAGCCACAAAAGCCCCUCCAUAUAUCGAGAAUCCCUAGACCAAAAAAGAAACGAAAACUUACUCAACUAGAAGCACGAAAACAUUUAACAUUGGCUCGUGUUUUAGCUAUGAAAUAUUUAGGCCCUAUGGCUUACGAUAAGUUUUUUCUACGGGAACUGAUAGAAGAUCAACGAUUAAAAUCCGCAAAUGCUGGGGGAAGUAUCGAAUUAAAAUAUAUCGUCAAAGAAGCUUUACGAUCUCUCAGUGAAAGGCAAGACAUGUUACGUGCUCAGCGACCUUAUUACACGGUAAAAUUAGCCGAAAAGGCUGAAUCAAAACAUCAAAAUAAGUAUAAGGAAUCAGUUUUAACUAAAGAACGAGAAGUUGGAGCUCGCACUGCGGAAAGGCUUCUUAAACAGAUUGAAAAAUGUAUGCGUGAAAAUCGUGUUAUGGAUUUGAUGGCACAAGCAGAGCGCAUGCAAAUGUUUCUUGAUAGUAAGACUCCACGUACAUUACCAGAUAAAGAUUUGUACACAGAUCGCUUAUAUCGUGCCGUUGGAGAAGGAUAUUUAUCGCAGCAUCGCUUAUCAUACACUCUUAGUGAACGUGGUAAUCGACGUCGUAUCGCUUUCUUAAUGGGCUUGCCUGUUGGUCGUCCAACGUCAUUCGAUUCAGUUAUGGCAAACUAUCCUUAUAAAUUUAUUGACAUAAAACAAGCUACUGCAAAAGUAAUAGCUACAUUAGAAAUGUGUGAAAACUCUACUAUGAAAUGCUGGUUAAUGUACGAAUUGGCUCGCCUUUUAUGUACUCAAAAAAAUUAUGCCCUCGCUAAAUUUUAUGCGAAGCGAUGUCAACGAGAAGCUCAAGAAAUAAGUAAUGUCACUUGGUGGUUAAAUGGUUGUUUUGUUUUAAUGAGCGGUGAUAUGCAACAAGGAAAUUCAAAUGAAGUACGAAUACAAGUAGAGGAAGCGUACGAAUUUUCAAAAAAAAUGCAGGAUCCAGAACGCGUGCAAGCAUUCUUAUGUAAAUGUGCUGAAAUGGCAGCGGAAACAAUAAGUGCAGACGAAAGAAAGGCAAUUGUACAACGUGAAAGACAGAUUGUCAGUGUAAUGGAUGAAAAACAACGAGUUGAAACACAAGUACUUUUUAAACGGAUGUCAAUAGUUCCAACUGGAAGACGAUUUUCCGUUUUACCUCGUAAACCCGAGCCUGGUGAAGCGCGAGCUGAACGUAAACGUCGUUUCCAAAGAGGAUUAUCAGUUAUACCAGGUCCUGAACGGGCUUUACCAGCUCCACCAAAAUCUGGAACCCUUGGCUUUCAAAUAUUUGAUAUAUAA